GAAGUGGUAUAAAAGGGAAGCUAUCCUGCACUACAUCACAGUCGAUCGUUAUAACGCUGGCGAAAUAUUCCAGGCGGACAUAAUCGAUCGUGUCUUAAUUACUGUGAGUACCUCGAAAUAGGACAUGAGGGCGCUAAUAGUAUUCUGCCUAACGGUAUUGCCGUUGGUCGCUUCAUACUCAUGGAAACCGACCGCACAAUAUUUGAGCAACAAUUUGGUAGGCGCAUCGGUCUAUCAGAUCUAUCCCAGAAGUUUCAAGGACAGUGAUGGAGAUGGCGUUGGUGAUCUUAGAGGUGUCAUACAGAAGUUGGAUCAUCUGGUCGAUGCGAACGUUGACAUAAUUUGGUUAUCGCCCAUUUUUAGCAGCCCUAUGGUAGAUUUCGGUUACGAUAUCUCAGAUUUCCGGAACAUCUACCCCACAUUUGGUACUAUAAAGGAUUUGGAAGACCUGAUCCGAGAAGCGCACAAAGUGGGUAUAAAGGUCUUACUGGAUUUCGUCCCGAACCACACGUCGGAUCAGCACGAAUGGUUCCAGAAGAGCUUGAAGGGAAUUAAACCUUACAGUGAUUAUUAUAUCUGGCAUCCAGGAAAAGUAUUGGAAAAUGGCACCCGUGUCCCACCAUCCAAUUGGGUGAGCGUUUUCGGUGGUUCAAUGUGGGAAUGGCGAGAUGAACGUAAGGCGUAUUAUCUGCAUCAAUUCUCAAAGGAACAACCUGAUCUGGACUUCUUUAAUCCACAAGUGGUACAGGAGAUGCAUGAAAUUUUGAGAUACUGGUUAAGGAAAGGCAUUGAUGGCUUCAGAAUAGAUGCCUUGCCAUUUAUUGCCGAGGACAUGAACUUCCCAGAUGAACCUUUGUCAGGUAAAACCAACGAUUCUACUAACCCUGACUACACCGAUAGGACAUAUACCAUGCAUCUGCAAAAAAGUUACGAUUUGAUCCCUGGAUGGAGAAACGUCUUGAAUGAAUUUAAACAACCAAAAUACAUGUUCACCGAGGCAUACGCAAACAUCUCGAUGACGAUGAAGUAUUAUAAAUAUGGAGCAGACUUCCCCUUCAAUUUUGGCCUGUUUCAAAACGUCCAGCCGACAGCGAACGCAACAACCUUAAAAUCUGUGGUUGAUACUUGGAUGAUGAACAUGCCGAGAAAUAGCAUUGCUAACUGGGUGAUCGGAAACCACGAUCAAAGAAGAAUAGUGUCGAAAGUAGGAGAACCACGAGCUCGUGCCCUUACCGUAAUGACGCUUCUAUUACCUGGCGCAAGUGUGACGUAUAACGGUGACGAAAUCGGUAUGUCGGACACUUGGAUCUCUUGGGAACAGACACAGGACCCGCAGGGUUGCAUGGCUGGUUUAUUAAACUACAAUACUGCGUCUAGGGAUCCCGCGAGGACACCGUUCCAAUGGGAUGACUCCGUUUCUGCCGGAUUCUCCACGAACUCCAAUACUUGGCUGAGAGUCAACGAUAAUUACAAGACUGUCAAUCUGGCUGCCGAAAAGAAGGACAAGGACUCGUUCUAUACCCUCUACAAGAAAGUCUCAACGCUGAGGAAGUCGCCGUUCCUUAAAAAGGCCGACUUAACUACGAAGCUGUUGAGUGAAAACGUUUUUGCGUUUGCCAGGGAAACCAUGUUAGAUGGAUCUGUCUACACCAUAAUAAACUACUCGGAUAAGGACGACGUAGUGGAUCUGUCAGUAUUCGAGAAAGCACCGAAGAAAUUGGAUGUAUUUUACGCUACUGCUAACUCUACUAUGCUUUCUAAGUACGAGGUCACGGACAUCAAGAAAGUAAAGGUUCCUGCCACGGCAGUGAUAAUCCUUACUGCCCCAGGUAUCAAAAUUGGAUACAUAUAAAUCUACAACAGAUUCCUACGGUUUCUAAGUUCGAAUACAAACAUGUACCUCUAAAUAAUUGAAAAAUAUAGUUUUUUUCUUGCAAA